ACAACCACAACACAUCAUACACACACACACACACAUAUACCAGGCAAGCCAACCACAAUAAAGGGAUCAAGAAUAUUCGUGGCAACAGGAUGAACAACGGCUUCAGCACCGGAGAGGAGGACUCCCGUGGCCAUGCAGACCAGACCUGCUGUCUGAUUGACGACAUGGAAAGGUGUCGCAAUCAGGCCGGCUACGCCAGCUACAGCAAACGCAUCCAGAAGACGGUGGCCCAGAAGCGCCUCAAGCUGAGCAGUGAUCCGAGUGCCCAGCAUAUCUACAUCUGUGACCACCACAAGGAGCGCAUACAGUCGGUGCGUACCAAGCGCCGACGCAAGGACAGCGAGGACGAUAGCAAUGAGACGGACACCGAUUUGCACGAGUUUCCCGAUCUCUACCAGCUGAGCGUUGGUACGCUGCGUCGCUACAAGCGCCACUUUAAAGUCCAGACACGACAGGGCAUGAAGCGGGCACAGUUGGCAGAUACCAUCAUGAAGCAUUUCAAGACAAUACCCAUCAAGGAGAAGGAGAUAAUCACGUUUUUUGUGUAUAUGGUCAAAAUGGGAACAAAUAAGUUGGAUCAAAAGAAUGGUAUUGGCAAUGAUACCACCUGAAAUGGAUCAAAUUGGAUACACAAGGGGAGGAUGAUACAACGGCAUGCUAGCUAGCUAUCUCCCUUCUACACACACACACACACACACACACACAUGUUGUUGCUGCAUUUGCUGUCGUCAUCAUUGUACUCCUGACGUCAGCAUUGUUCACUUCUUAUAGCAAUCAUUGUCACCACCCCCCCAAGCCCAUGCCUACCCAGCAAGCUUCCUACAUCCCAAACAAACAAAAAAAAAAACAGAAGAUAAAUACUAAAUAAUACAUUUAAUUGUAGAAUAACGCAUGUAAUAUAAUUUACAACUAAAGAAAUUAAGUAAAAAGCAAACACAGCAACUGGUGCUCCCCAAAAAAGAAUAAAUAUGUAUGUAAGAAAGAAUAGAAAGAAAUGGUAAACAAGAAAGAAAUAUUAACACUAAGAAGAAUGAACUUUUACAACUUUAUUGUAGCAUUGGUUAGUCCGUUGUUAAUAGAUCUUUAUACACAUAAUAAUAAUAUAUCAUAAAAUCUAAACCAUUAAACCAACGCACUAAUAAACCAUGUACAUUUUACAAAAAAACAGCAAAACAAAACAGAAACCAAUUGAACAAAACGGAAAUCAAAAAGCAAAACUAAUAUUCGUAUUUCCAUAAUCAAAUCAGCAAAACAAACACACAAAUUGCGUUCACUCUUAUGCGUUAAGCCGGGGCUCGCCCUCCCAUCUUCGAUGGAAAUCAAAAGCAAUUCCCAUAGUCGAAACAAAUUAAAUUUUCUUUUAAUUGAAGAUCGUUCACACACAUAAAAUUCUACUGGUUGUACCGAUAACGAUAAUCUUCUGCCCCCUCAUAAUGCUAGUUUAAGCUUAAAUAAGAUGGAACCAUCGGUCGGGCGGGCCACUGGAAAACUGAACGAAUUGUGUUAAGGUCUAGACUGAUUUUUAGGCAUACAAUUUUAGGCUUAAGUAAACAAUAAUGGAAAGCAUGUCUAACCUAUUAGUUUGUAGAUUUAUUAUACAUAAAUUGUUUACAAAUAUGUAGAUGGACUUGCUUCGCUUUUCUUGCCCUC